AUGAAAGUCUUUCUACUUCUUCUACAGCUUGCGCCGCUUAUUUCUGGGUCAAUUGUUAUCAAUGAACCAAGCGAUAUUAUUCCUGAGCAACAAUGGAGCUCCGACAAUGCAAUUAAAGCCGAUUAUGAUAUUCCGGUUAUAUACUACCAGACAAUCGCCAACAUCGCUCCAUACAUUGUGGCGCACCAACGGAAGACAUUUCAAAAUGCGGUUUUGAAAGACAAUAGCAACGACACUAGUGUCUUGAUUGCUGCCAACGGUUCUGUGGUCCAUGUGAUAGACACUGAAGUCAUUAAGUUUGGAUACUCCAGCGAUCUCAUCCAGGCGAGCUUCUUCGGAACGAACGCAGCAGUUCUUGCUGCCAAUCACAGUCAACUCUACCUAUCCGAUGUGAACAUCACCACUCACAACGGUGCUGCCAAUAUUUACGCCUAUGGCACUGAUACCGUUGUCGACGCAGAAAAUAUCUGGUUGUAUAGCUCGGGUCCCACAGCUCAUGGGCUAUAUGCGAGCGGAAACGGUACAAUCAAUGCUCGAAAUGUCCAAGUUUUCAGCGGAGGAAACCGUUGCUCUGCCUUCUCUGGGGAUAACCCGGCAGGGUACAUAUACAUUCGUGACUCUGUUGCUCGCACCGCGGGAAUAGGAUCUGCAGUUGGGUUUGUCUUGGGAGAGAUGAACUUGACAAAUGUGGUUGGUUCUGCGGAGAGAUCGCCAGCGUUCUUCACUAUUGGUGGGGCUGUUGGCUCUUGUACAAACUGUGAACUCACUGCUGGACUUCUUGCUGGCUUGGUCAUUUUCGGUUUAGACAAGAGCUCUGGCGUCAAUUACUUCAGCCUGGAUCACACCAAACUAACUAUCACUGAUGAGACUGCUCCUGCCCUUUGGUUUGGCGGUGUUGUUGGGGAGGUAUACGUCCGACAUACCGAGCUUGUGACGAGUUCCGGUAUAUUGGCAGUAGCAAAUUACUCAACCAUCACUCAGGAAUUCAACUUCUACGCGGGUUACUAUGACGACCCGAGCGCGGUCAACACUGCAGAUGGCCGAGUCUUUGUGGAGGACAGUACUCUGACAGGUGAUCUCGUUGCCUUUAACGGCAGUACCCUGGGGUUGCACCUUACCGACAACUCGUUUUGGACGGGCAAGGGCUACAUUGGGUAUGGAAGUGCAGACUUGGGUGUGGUCUUAGAUGCAUCCAGUGUUUGGAACUUGACAGGCGAUACGGCGCUGCUGAACCUGACCAAUGCCGUCACUACAUUCUCCAAUAUUCGGAGCAAUGGAUUUUCCAUCACUUACAAUGCUAGUGCACCGGCUAACCGACCCUUGCGAAGCCGUACAUUCAAGCUUGAGGGAGGAGGCACUGUCUCACCCAUGUCGAGAAAGUGA